AUGGCUACAACCCCUCAGCUCACCCGCAAGUCCUCAACACCGUGGGAGAGGCUCAAGCCGGCGAAGCAUGAUCCUCUUCAGAGUAUGGGCUUCGUAUCGAAGGGGGAUACAAGACUAUUGGAUGUCAAAGUUCAAGAGUCAUUCUACAACAAGAUCGUCGCCCGGUACAUGCAGUUCUGUACUCAUCAUUCCACUGACAUGGAGUCCGCCUUCGCCUCCCUCUCGCUCGAAGACGAUGUCUCCGCUUCGUCCGACCCGGCUCGAAAUCCGCCUGUUGCUCCCGUGCUCCAAGGCCAGGGCCGACCAAUCACCCCUUCUCCACCCAAACGAGUCUCUUCUUCACCUCUUCAGGGUGGCGCCCCUUCAACGCCUCCUCCGCCUGCACAGGAGCUAUCGAUCAUACUCCUGGCAUUACGAAAACUAAGAGAAGCACUGCUAGCAACAUCCUCUUCCGCUCCAUCACCCAUCUUCUCCCAACGCGUUCAUGUUUUUUGCGUUCGUCUUGCAAUCCUCGCAUUUCAUCCCCCAUCGUACCAUCCACCAUUAAUGCAUCUGUUAUUCGUUCUGCACACACCACGAUCCCCCCUGCCUGCCCCCGAGCUUUCAGAAAUGACAACCUACCUGAUACUCGACUUGGCUUGUCGUCAGCAGGAAUUAGCGAGCGCGUUUUCCUUGAGAUCGAAUAGCAGAUUGCAAAAAGAUUACAGGAGUAGAAACGUUGAUGAGAUUAUUAGAGCUGUUGUUACCAGCAACUGGGUUGCAUUCUGGCGUGUAAGGAGAAAUGUCGACGGGUAUGUCAGGGCUUUGAUGCAAUGGAGCGUGCCCAGCUUGAGACGGAACAGCUUGAAAGCUCUGAGUAGAGCUUACUUGAGCUGUGACCUGGAAUGGGUAUUGCAGAGCGCCACAGGUGCCGAAAUGAGCUGGGAAGAGCUAGUGAAGAUAGAGAACAUCGGUUGGGUCUUGGAGGGCUCGAAAGUGGUUGUUAGGAAGCCAAAGCCCAAGUCAAAUCCGUGA